AACCCCAGUCUCUUUCCUGAUUUUUGCCUGACAUUGAUGCUGAGAAUUUGGUUUUGGAUUUUUGAAAAUGUUUAUUUUUCCGGUGACAAGUGAGUUUUAUAUUCGUUAUUUUGCUCGCGAUUGAUGUUUGUCUUUACUGUUGUUGGAAAGCAUAUUUGGACCAGUGCAUCUAAAUUGCAGCCAUUGAGCCAGGCACUAAAUAUGUUUGGAGGAUCUUCGGUGUGACGCACAGACCGCGCCAAUGGAGAGCUUUGUGAACCAAAGUGACUUGUGGCCGGUGAACGACUCGUGGUCCUCGGAGCCCAACCAGACGAACCCCCUGAAGAGGAACGAGGAGGUGGCCAAGGUGGAGGUGGCCGUCCUCGCCCUGAUUCUCUUCCUGGCGCUCACCGGCAACCUGUGCGUCCUGGCGGCCAUCCACAGCGCCAAGCACAGCCAGUCGCGCAUGUACUACUUCAUGAAGCACCUGAGCAUCGCCGACCUGGUGGUGGCCGUCUUCCAGGUCCUGCCCCAACUCAUCUGGGACAUCACCUUCCGCUUCUACGGGCCGGAUGUGGUGUGCAGGCUGGUGAAGUACCUGCAGGUGGUGGGCAUGUUCGCCUCCACCUACAUGCUGGUGCUCAUGUCGGUGGACAGGUGCCUGGCGAUCUGCCAGCCUCUGCGCUCCUUGCACAGGAGGAAGGACCGCUUCUACGUGGUGUUCUCCUGGAGCCUCAGCAUGCUCCUCAGCGUGCCCCAAAUGUUCAUCUUCUCCCUCAGAGAGGUGGGCUCGGCCGGCUCCGGGGUGUACGACUGCUGGGCCGACUUCAUCGCGCCGUGGGGAGCCAAGGCGUACAUCACGUGGAUCAGCCUGACCAUCUACAUUAUCCCGGUGGGAAUCCUGAGCGCGUGCUACGGUCUGAUCAGCUUCAAGAUAUGGCAGAACUUUAAGCGGAAGACCAGGCGGGAGCAGUGCAUCAGCCUGGCGCCCAAAAGCGGCAAAGGAGGCAACGCGCUGGCGCGCGUCAGCAGCGUCAAACUCAUCUCCAAGGCCAAGAUGACCACAGUCAAGAUGACUUUUGUCAUCGUGCUGGCUUACAUCGUGUGCUGGACGCCCUUUUUCUCCGUGCAGAUGUGGUCCGCCUGGGACCCUGCCGCCCCACGCGAGGCAAUGCCCUUCAUAAUCUCCAUGCUGCUGGCCAGCCUCAACAGCUGCUGCAACCCGUGGAUCUACAUGUGCUUCGCGGGCCACCUCUUCCACGACCUGCGGCAGAACUUCCUGUGCUGCUCGGCGCGCUACCUCAAGUCGUCGCAGUGCCGCUGCAAGCGCGACUUGGACUCCAGCCACAAGAGCAUCUCGUCCUCCUUCGUCAUUAAGAGCGCCAGCAGCCAGAGGAGCAUCACGCAGACGUCAAGCACGUGAGCGAGCGCUCAGGCGUCAAAUAUACAGAACCUUGGCAAAGACUCUUAACUGGCCCUGCAGGACACUCAGAAAAUACAAAUAAUACUUAUUUAAUUUCCAAUACAGCCAUUUAUGACGUAAAUAGAGAAUGAUUUAUGGCUGUAGAAAAGCUUUGAGUGCAAUUAAUAUUUUCAGGGUAAUUAUGGCCUAAGCCAAGCAAUCGACAACAAGCCCAUUUUAAAGAUUUUUUUAUUUUAUUUUUUUUAAAUUAAUGUACAGUAGAAGGGUGAUGAGGACGGAGCUGUCAUACAAGAGAGCUCGAGGAAGAACAAAGAGAAGGUUGAUGGAUGUAGUGAGGGAAGACAUGAGGGCAGUUGGAAGAUGCAGGAGAUACGCUUACAUGGAAAAGGAUAACACGAUGUGGCGACCCACAAGCCGAAAGGAAAAGAAGAAGUAGAUAGUGUAUAUAUACAAACUAUUCAUUGGGCAUCAUUUUCACUCAAAAUCAUUCAACCAAACCUGUAAAUGAAAUUCAUAUUCAAAUUGUAGAAGCUUUUCAAUAAGAAAUACUAAUUGCUUCUUAUAAUAUUCACAGUGUUAGGCUUUUUAAAUGGUUCCUGUGUCAUCGGUCCGUUGCUGGUGAACUUACUAGAAGUUUGGAACCACUGCAAAUGUCGCAACAGGGGUGGAAUUAUUUGGAGUGCAACUGAAGGGGUUUCUCCUACUUUGGUGACCUCAUUUAUAGUGACAAGAGAGCAAAAUAUUGAAAACACCUCUGUCUGAAUUCGACACCACAUCCGCAAUAAUCAUUUGAAUUUGACAUUCAUUUAAUAUGGUGCGCAUCUACAUACCGUAUAUGCUUGGUGUGCCGACAACGUAGAAGAAAGUGCAGCUGACGUUA